AUGGAUCGACUUCCCAGCGAACUGGACAGCCUUCGGCUGUCUGCGCAAAACACACCUCCAACCACGCAGGAUCCCCAACCCCAACCGCGCUGCAACUGUCUCCGCCAAACAGCCGAUGUCCUGAAUCGCUUCCCCGACUUCUCGAAUAGAUCUCCAAUAGAAACCUACCGCAUCCGUCUAGAUGAUGUCCUCAUCAUCGGCGAAGCUUUGACCGACAACUGGGAAACAUUGAAAGGCUGCCCGGUACCCGAUACACAUCUGGACGCGCGCAUGCUUCAAAGAAUGAUAGAUGCUGCGAGAAAGAUGCUCAUGCUGUACGAGGCGACGAUUGAGUCCAUACUUGGAGGCUGGGGCCAGCAGCCUAACGGUGGGGGUGUUGAUCACGAUCCGUCGAGUACUCGCAAUGGAAGCAUAAAUAGCUCAGUGGAAGCAACAACUGCAAUAGUUAUCACUGAAGUACCGAUAACUGUUGGAGCCAUUCAACUAGACAGGCUGGAAACGACGACUAUGGUGAACGAGACUUUGCGUCUUUUUACCAAGCAGUUGGGGGAUAUGCUGCGUGAUAUCGAGGAGGAUAUGCCUAUUAUGGAUGGGGCGAAUCAUUUGCUAGGGAAUGACCGUGUGGGGGAGAUGAUCAGAUAG